CGCAGAUGUCAUGUGAAAACUCGCAUGCUCGCUGCGCGCACGACUCAAACCGUCCGACUACGGCUCCAGACUCCACCGCCCGCGCUCUGCCCAGUGCGUCACCAAGCUCGAGCCCGUUCUGGACUGGAAUGCUUUUGCACAUAAAAAACACUCCUUGAAUGAACGUGGACGACGCCGAAUAUUAACAUUGUUUUUUUGCCCGAGGAUAUUGCUUUUUUAAGUCUUUAUGUUUGUUUCUUCAUGACUGCUGCAUUCGGAAGCGAAUCGCACCACAACCACUAUGCGAGCCCAAAUCGAAGUUAUACCGUGCAAAAUCUGUGGAGACAAGUCAUCAGGAAUCCACUAUGGAGUCAUCACGUGUGAGGGCUGCAAAGGGUUCUUCAGACGUAGUCAGCAGAACAACGCUGCAUACUCCUGCCCUCGCCAGAGGAACUGUCUGAUCGACAGGACAAACCGAAACCGCUGCCAGCACUGCCGCUUACAGAAGUGUCUUGCACUCGGAAUGUCCAGAGAUGCGGUGAAGUUUGGCCGCAUGUCCAAGAAGCAGCGUGACAGCCUGUACGCCGAGGUACAGAAGCACCAGCAGCGGAUCCUGAAUGAGCGGCAGCAGCAGACGUGUGAGGCAGAGGCCCUGGCGCGCGUCUACUCCUCCAGCCUGACCAAUGGCCUCAGCACCCUCAACCACGAGAUCGGAGGCACCUACGCCAACGGCCACGUCAUCGAGCUCCCCAAGGGCCAGGUGAACGGUGGUGCCACAGGUGGCUACUACCAUGGUAUGGACUCCACCCAGCCCUCCCCGGACCAGUCGGGCCUGGACUUGGCGGGCAUAAAGCACAUCAAGCAGGAGCCGGUGUACGACCUGACCCCUGUGGCUAACCUGUUCAACUAUAGCACCUACCAGGACAGUCAGCUGGCGCACAGCAAUGUCAGCAUGGGAGAGCUAGAUCGUAUCGCCCAGAACAUUAUAAAGUCUCACCUGGAGACCUGUCAGUACACAGCAGAUGAGCUGCAGCAGCUGGCCUGGCAAACACACUCCUACGAUGACAUCAAGAUGUACCAGAGCAAAACGCGAGACGUGUUGUGGCAGCAGUGUGCCAUCCAGAUCACCCAUUCCAUCCAGUAUGUGGUGGAGUUUGCCAAGCGCAUCUCAGGCUUCAUGGAGCUUUGCCAGAACGACCAGAUCCUCCUGCUCAAGUCAGGUUGUCUGGAGGUGGUCCUGGUUAGAAUGUGUCGGGCGUUUAACCCUCUCAACAACACAGUGCUGUUUGAGGGGAAGUACGGGGGCAUGCAGAUGUUCAAAGCACUAGGCUGUGACGACCUGGUCAACGCUGUGUUUGACUUUGCCAAGAGUCUGUGCUCUCUGCAGCUCACUGAGGAGGAGAUCGCUCUGUUCUCCGCAGCAGUGCUCAUCUCCACAGACCGUCCAUGGCUGAUGGAACCCAGGAAGGUGCAAAAGCUCCAGGAGAAGAUCUACUUUGCGCUGCAGCACAUCAUGCAGAAGAACCACAUGGACGAGGACGCGCUGGCUAAGCUGAUUGGUCGGAUACCCAUGCUGUCGGCCGUGUGUACUCUCCACACCGAGGAGCUGCAGGCCUUCCAGCAGCUUCACCCCGAGACGGUGAACGUGCUCUUCCCCCCGCUCUACAAGGAGCUGUUCAAUCCCGACCCCAAUGCAGCGAUCACCAUGCCCAAGUGACUUCCUAUGGUCCAACCUCAGAAAGUGGACCACAACGUGACCGCGGACGCAUCAUUAACGCUACGGCAAAGCAGCCCGGACACCAGGCCCGGACCAUCCAGACACUUACAGCCGCAAACACUAGGAAUGUCCAGCACUUAUCCAACCCUGUUCACCGAUACAGUCUAAAGAAUGUAUAUAAUGCACCCAUGACCACGGGGCUCUUCAGAACUGACCAGAAAUGUACAGACUUUAACUAGCUAAUUUAAGCUGUCUUUUAACUGGGUAAGUCAAUUUGUUUAUCUUUGUUGUUUUUUUUACAUGAAAUUGUGAUAUUGAAGAUGGGGGAGGGAUUCGUGUGAUUCAGAAAAGCUAUUGUAGAUAUUAUGUAGUGAAGAACGGAUUCCAGUAUUACAUCUUCUGUUAAUAUUUUAGUCUUCAUUUAAAACUGUAGCAGCCCUAUGUGGCUGAUACCUUGUUUGUUUUGUUAUUUGAUAGUUUCAUGUGUACAGAAUUUGUAAAGUUAAAAAGAGACUUGUUAAAGAAUAUUGGGGUAAACCUGGGAGGUAAUUUUGGUAUGUCGAGAAAGCCUUGUCUGGGCUCUGUUGAUACGUGAAGAGGGUAUUGCAUCUUUCAGUUCGGAACUAUCAAACUGUAAAAGAAGGAUUUAAACAAUUAUGGCUACUUUUCAAGGUGAAGAUAUGUAUAUAAAUAUUAUAUUUUGCGUGAAAAAAAAGAUUUUGUCAGACUGCCAUCCUGUCAAUCAUUUUUUGUCGCUGCAAUAACUCUGUCCAUCGAAGUUGGACUGCUAUUGAACAAUCAGAUCAAAUGAGAGAUUAGUAGGAGGACCUCUCCCCCCAGCCCCCCUAAACCCCCCACAACACUAGUGUGUUCGUCUUAGUGUCUUUUCAUGAGGGCAUACAAUACCUAGUCAGUGAAUAAGAAACUAAGUCACUUCAUGAACCUCUUCCUCUCUACAUCCCCUCAUCCCCCCCAGUCACAUUUGGCACAAUCUACACCCAUGCUAAUCACUGGGAUGCUUAAAUAAAGGACUCUCUCUCGCUCGCUCUCUCUCGAUAUAAAUUAAGUUUCACACUGCGUGAUCCUUAUUCUUGCAUUUCUCUCCUCAGCCUCAUCAUUCUAGAAUGGUUAAGCACAGGGGGUAGUCAUGAUUAGCUAAAGUGGGUAUGCCAAUAUGUCAAUUAUUUUGUUUAACUCUGCAAGUCAGUUAAGAACAAAUUCGUAUUUACAAUGACGGCCUACCCCGGCCAAACCCUAACCCGGACGAUGCUGG